AUGGGGUCAACUUGCGCCUGUAACAUUUUGUCGUUUCUAUUCAGAGAUAAUGUUCUACAUCCCGGUUCAGCUGAAUACAACACCCAAGCUACCGCCUACUUCGACCUCAGAGAGGACCUUUCUCCAAAGUGUGUUUUUGUUCCAACCUCCGAGAACGAUCUCGCGAAGGGCGUUGUCACUCUCGAUAUCUGCCAAUCUCAAUUCGCAAUUCGAGGAGGUGGCCAUAUGCCGGUUCCUGGUGCAGCAAAUACCGAUGGAGGUGUCUUAAUUGCGUUGAGCGCUUUCACAAACAUCACCAUAGCUGCUGAUCACAAGAGCGUCCAAGCUGGACCUGCUCUAAACUGGUAUGACUUAUACUCAGCUCUUGAACCGUAUGGUCUCAUUGCGAUUGGUGGGCGCCUCAAAACCAUAGGUAUUGCGGGCUUGUCGAUCGGGGGAGGUAUCUCUUACUUCAGUGCUAAGUAUGGGUUUGCCAUGGACAAUAUCAUUGCGUAUGAUGUUGUACUUGCUAGUGGCCAAGUCGUGACUGCAACGGCAACAAGCCACUCCGAUUUAUUUUGGGCGCUGAAAGGAGGCGGAAGCAACUUCGGGAUUGUGACCAAGUUCACCUUCGCCACGUAUGAGGCUCCUUUGGUCAGCACCAUGAUCGGUUAUUUCGGGGAGCCCACUGUUCCUGAGUUCAUCCAAGCAGUUUACGACCUUGCCAUUUACCAGGACCAAGUCGACACUGGGGCAGGUGGGGUCUUUUAUGUAGGCUAUGCUGCAGCCACUGGGAUGCAACCACUAACUCUGGCUGCUCAAAUCGGCAAUGAGACCAAACCUGCUGUGUUUGAGAACUUCACUGCCAUCCCCAGCGAGUUUUCCUCCUAUAAUGUUAUGACUCUGGCUCAAUGGACCGGCUCUCUCGACACACCCUUUCAAGCCUCCAGGAAUCUCUUUGGCGCGCACAGUAUCGUCGCCGACAAUGAAACCAUGCAAUCUAUGUAUGCAGCGUACAAGAUCGCAACUGCUGAAAUGGCCGAUGUCCCAGGCUUCAUCGCGGAGCUUCUUUUCCAACCAAUCCCCAAGAGCGCCAACACCAUUGCCGCAACUAACGGAAUCGGUAACACCUGGGGAAUGGACGACAGCAAAGCCUAUAUCUACUGGGGCGUCUUCACAGCAUGGUCCAACGCCGCAGACGACGAGAAAGUGAAAACCUGGUCCGAGAAUUUCGUGGAGCAGCUCCACGCCGCCAACGUGGCUGCCGGCACGGCCAUCGAUUUCAUGUACUUGAACGAUUGUAGCGAUGACCAGAAACCGUUUACUGGGCUGCCGCCGGCGAACCUGGCGAAGCUGAAGGCUAUCCGUGCCAAGUAUGACCCGACGCUUGUUUUUAAGAGGUUGAGCACUGGUGGAUAUAAGCUGGAUUGA